AUGGCUUUCCGAGCACCCUUCUCCCGCCUUCCUCUCCUCCGACCUGCCAUCUCCUCCGCAAUCCCUCGAAGACCUUUCCACACCACUCGCGCUGCUGCUGUCCGAGUCGGCGACCCCCUCCCCGACCUCGACGUUCUUGUCGAGAACUCCCCCGGCAACAAGGUGAAUCUUGCCGAAGAGUUCAAUGGCGGUGAUGGUAUCAUCAUUGGCGUUCCAGCUGCCUUCUCUGGCGCUUGCUCUACCACCCAUGUCCCCGGCUAUAUGAACCAUCCCAAGCUCAAGAAUGUGGGCCGGGUCUUUGUCGUCUCUGUCAAUGAUCCCUUUGUAAUGAAGGCGUGGGGCGAGCAGCUGGACCCUGCUAAACAGACUGGGGCAAGUUAA